CCUUAUUAGGCCACAUGCCACCAAAUAAUUCCCAUUCCCAUCCCAUGUCGACACUUUCCCUUGAUAAGUCUUUUGAGUCUUGACUCUUUUGACUCUUUUAUUUCAUUUCACCUUUUCUACUAUCCUCUCGACGACAUCGCAUAGUCAUACAUUUGCUUAUUUCGAAAGACUCCAUUAUUACUUGUUUCUUUUUGAAGCUUUGCACCUGCACCAGCAACACGCGAUACCUCGUACAUCUCGCCUCUGGUAGUCUUGACUGCUGUCUCGGGAAGCCCCUUAACUGCUACCUAACCGAACACGAAUUAGAGAGCUUUGACUGGAUACCCCCCCUGGUUUGAGCAGCAUUGGUUUCCGCCGUUCUAUUAACCCCGUCUUUCCGACUUACAACUUGUCCUCAAUUUUCUGAGACAACUCGACAAAUAUCUGUCGAAACAAACAAAUAAACAAACGAGCGAUUUGAUCUGAGCCGACCAGCAAGGCCACAAAUUUGGGGGGCAUGCCAUCCGUCGUUGCAAUCAGUAGCUGCAGUUUCCCGCGGUGACAAUUGUUGAUAUACGAUCGUAUAUUUGCUAUUUGCUCUUUCCAAUAACGUCAACUGGCGAUAAGUUACAACAGUCACAACUAAGCGAUGUCGGGAGUAAGGAACCUCCGCGCGAUGUUCGAGAAUAGGGGGGAGAACAACCCUCCAGAUAGAGGAAGAUCUCCUGGUCCUGGAGGUUUCGCAUCCCCCUCACCCUCUCAUUCGCCGAGGCGGUUAUCUAAAGUUCGAACUACUUUCGUAGCAGUUGAGAAGGACGGACGUGUUGGAUUGAGAAGGGAACCCAGUGGUGAUUCAGUCUCGGUAGACAGCAGAAGGCUUAGCAACGAAACCGAAGCCACACAAGCUACCACGCCACAACCUACAUCUGAAAAGACGGACGUUUUCUCGGAUAACAUGGCUAAGAACGCGUCCGCCUUCAAGUCAAAUCUGUCUCAGGAAUCCAUUCCUGAAUCGCCAAUCCAAAACGCCCCUGCAAAACCUGCUCCAAAGAAGGAAAAGGAGAAUCGGAGUCCUGAUAUUGCCCCGAACCCGAACCCAGACAAGAUUACGGAUGAGGAGGAAACGAAGACGAAGUUGUUACCAGGCAACCCAACAGACAAGGCGGCGACGAGAGGGAAAAGCGUGACGCCUACUCCAUCCACGGGUGGUUCAACAAAUGGCAAGCCAAAAGCUGCGGUUAUUCCCAAGCCCGUUUCCAAGCCUGCUCCUAAGCCGGCGCCAGUUUCGACAACCGCUAGAUCCGUAUCGAAGCCGGCCAAGUCGCCUACUAAGCUUAUUAGCAACGCUGCGAAAGCAGCCCGUUCUUCGAGCGUAGGGCCGCAGAAAAAGGCAACGCCUGCUCCUUCGAAGAGUCACGAUGCGCCGAAGAAGACGGUCACCCCUGCCGCACCGAAGGCGACUGUAACCGCCGCUAAGAAGCCAGCGCCCAUUGACCUUCCUCCGUCAGGAACGGGUUUCGUGAAGCCGAAGCCUAAGUCGCCCACUCGGCCUAUCAACCUCCCCUCUUCCCUCACAAAGCCAACUGCCUCUUCCGCCUCUAAGCUUGGAGCCGGCAGUGCAACUCAGCCUCCCAGACAAUCCGCCUCCCGAGCUUCCGGCAGCGCCGCGCAUCUGAAUGUAGCCGCCACCACUCACAGAUCGCCUAGCAGAUCAAGCCUUGCCAGCGCGGGCGUCAUUACAAGCAACAAGGGCCUAAGGCGCCAAAGUUCGACUGUCGGCCGGCCACGACCAAGCCUAGGACCUCCCCCCAAGCAAGCAGCUAAGGAUCACCCUGUCUCUAAGAAAGAGGCCCACGUUGACGAGAGCUUCCUUGCACGCAUGAUGAGGCCGACCCAGAGCAGCUCGAGCAAGACUUCGGAGAAGGCCCCCGUAACACCGCCACGGAAACCAAGCUCGCCGAUGACCACCCAGAAGAGGUCCGCGACGAAGGAUACGGAUGCGAAUGCGAAGAAGGUAGUUGCUAAGAUUCAGGCAUCUACGAACAGCCUCAAGACUGCUAUCGAUAGCGUCAAACCGGCCGAGAAGGAAGCCCCGACAGCAAAGGAGGUCGCUCCAGUUGUUGCCCAGACCGAGAUUGCCGAGGUUGCUAUCGAGGUAGCUAAGGUCUCCACAGAGACAGCUACCACCCCUGUUGUGGAGGAGGCUAAAGCUGAGACUGUCGCCGAACCCGCUAUCGUUGUUGAAGUCGAGGAGGCCAAGGAAGAGGCUGUAGAGGAGCCCGCCGAGCCUGCAGCAACUGUCCCAGUCAUCGCCGAGGAUGCCGACAAGGUCGCAGAUAUCGAAGAUGUAGUCCAGGAGGCCGUGGAAGAGCCUACGGAGCCUGUUGUCGAAGUGUCUGUUGCUGCUGAUAAUGAGGAGCCUAAGGAGGCGGAGGUUGUUGAAGCCACGCCCGAGGUCACCGAGGAGGCUGUCUCGGCUGAGACCGAAGCUCUCAACGCGGUACUUGAAGAGCCCAAGGUUGAGGAACCUAAGGCCGUGGAGGCAACAAACGUUGAGGAAAGCAAGGAAGAGGCGAAGGUAGAGGUUGUCAUAGGGGAUGAGGCCAGCACGGCGGGUAUUUCGGAAGCUUAGUUUGCUAUCCGCCGUACUCUACAACAGUAGCAGAAAAGUUCGACUCGGGUUACGUUGGGAGGGGUACUAGAAUACCAAGAAAAACACAACAAAGGACCAAAUUUGUUUGUAUUGGCGUGGCGCAGAUGAUGAUACCUUUUUUCUCUUAACCAAAAAAUUCCAUCGGAGCAUAUACCUGGGGACGGGGAGUGGUUCUUUUUUUUAUUCUCCCUGAUCUUGUUUUUCCCCCCUCUCCUGGUGCUCGCGAGGCAUUGCUGUGGAGUUAGGUGAUGGUGAUAAUACCUAUUGCAUACCUAGACCUUGUUCUGUAAACGUCUUUUGCGUCCUUUUGUCACGUUUCGUCGCUGGCUAGAAAGAUGGAGGCAUAGGGGCAGAGCAGGUAUAAUCAUACUUGCGAAAGCAAUGAUUCGACUCUUACAACAAGUGCCUCUUAGGGGUAUAUUCGAAUGAUAACUUGUAAUGAAAAUAUGUUCAUCUGCGUGUUGGUCGGGUGUUACAAGGACAUUGUGUUUCACAGGAUAAAUAGUUGUAAUUCACCUUCUCUGAGCUUACCUCUUAGAUACCCAGAUACCUUAGCUACUAAAUGCAUGA